CAAGCGGCGUCUACGUUUUUUCUCGCUCUAGCGGUGCGAGGGUUCGCUGGUGUGCUGGCGUUAACGGUCUCUGGUGGUCCCGCCUCAGCCUUUGUCGCGCUGUGAUCUGCAUUGUGAUCUGCACUGGUCGUGGGAGUCGUAGGGAGGACUCAAGGAGACCCAGGAAACAGAAAUGGACUCAGUGGCCAUUGAGGAUGUGGCUGUAACCUUCACCCUGGAGGAGUGGGCCUUACUGGAUCCUUCACAGAAGAAACUCUACAGAGAUGUGAUGAGGGAAACCUUCAGGAACCUGGCCUCAGUAGGAAAAAAAUGGGAAGAUCAUGGAAUUGAAGAUUUGUAUAAAAACCAGGGGAGAAAACUAAGAAAAUUAAGAAGUCAUAUGGUAGAGAAACUUUGUGAAAGUAAAGAGGGUAGUGAAUGUGGAGAAAACUUUAGCCUUAUUCCAAAUAUGAAUCUGAACAAGAAAACCACUGGAGUAAAACCACAUGAGUGCAGUACAUGUGGAAAAGUCUUUAUGCAUCAUUCAUUCCUUAAUAGGCACAUCAGAUGUCACACUGAACAUAAACCAUAUGAGUAUCAGAACUAUGGAGAGAAGCCAUAUAAAUUUAAGAAAUGUGAUAAAGCUUAUAAUUAUCUCCAAUUUUUUGAUAAACAGGAAAAAAGUAAUAAUGGAGAGAAAAAAUAUAAAUGUAAGGAAUGUGGGAAAACGUUUUGUGUUCGUACAUCCCUUCAAAUACAUAAAAGGAUUCACACAGGAGAAAAACCGUACAAAUGUAAGGAAUGUGGGAAAGCCUUCAUGUGGCAUACAGCAUUUCAAAGACACAUGAUAAUGCAUACUAGAGAUUCUCCUUAUAAAUGUAAGGAAUGUGGGAAAGCCUUUAAUUGUUCCACUUCAUUGCAAAUACAUGAAAGAACUCACACUGGCGAGAAACCCUAUCAAUGUAAACAGUGUGGAAAAGUUUUUAGAUAUCAAAAUACUUUUCAAAUACACAAAAGGACUCACACAGGAGAGAAACCAUAUGAUUGUAAGCAAUGCGGUAAAGCGUUCAGUUGUCCCAGUUCUCGUCGAAAACAUCAAAGAACUCACACCGGAGAGAAACCUUAUGAAUGUAAGGAGUGUGGAAAAGCCUUUGGUGAACUCUCAGGCCUUCGAGUACACAUGAUCACUCAUACUGGAGAAGGACCUUAUAAGUGUAAAGAAUGUGAGAAAGCAUUCCUUUCUCCCAGUUCAUUUCGAAUACAUGAAAGGAUUCACACUGGAGAGAAACCCUAUGAAUGUAAAGAAUGUGGUAAAGCCUUCAGUUAUUACUCUUCCUUUCAAUCACAUGAAAGAAUUCAUACUGGAGAGAAACCCUAUGAAUGCAAGGAAUGUGGGAAAGCCUUCUCUCGUCAUCAAACUUUAAAAAUACACAUGAGAGUGCACACUGGAGAGAAACCCUAUAAAUGUAAAGAAUGUGAGAAAGCCUACAGAUGUUACCUUUCCUUCCAAAUACAUAAAAGAAGUCAUACUGAAGAGAAACCCUAUGAAUGCAAACAAUGUGGUAAAGCGUACAAACAUUACAGUUCCUUAGAAGCACACAAAAGAAUUCAUACUGGAGAGAAACCCUAUGAAUGCAAGGAAUGUGGGAAAGCCUUCUUCCAUAACCAAACCUUAAAAAUACACAUGAGACUGCAUACUGGAGAGAAGCCCUAUGAAUGUAAACAAUGUGGUAAAGCCUUCAGGUAUUACUUUCCCUUCCAAAAACAUGAAAGAAGUCAUUUUGUAGAGAAAUCCUAUGAAUGUAAGCAAUGUGGUAAAGCCUACAGAGAUUACAGUUCCUUACGAACACACAAAAGAACUCAUACUGUAGAGAAACCCUAUGAAUGUAAACAAUGUGGUAAAGCCUUUACAUAUUCCUUUUCCUUCCAGAGACAUGAAAGAAGUCAUACUGGAGGGAAACCUCAUGAAUGUAAGGAAUGUGGAAAAGCCUUCUCUCGUCACUAUACCUUAAAAAUACACAUGAGACUACACACUGGAGAGAAGCCCUAUGAAUGUAAACAAUGUGGUAAAGCCUUUAGAUAUUCCUCUUCCUUCAGAAUUCAUGAAAGAAGUCAUGAGAGAAAUCCUGUGAACGUAAGCAGAAUGUAAGCUCUACAGAGCUUACAGUUCCUUAGAAACAAACGAAUUCUUAUACGAGAGAAGCUUUAUGAAUGUAAGAAAGUUGGAAAAGCCUCAGAUGUUAUCAAAGUUUUUGAUGACGUGAAAGAAAUCACACAGGAGAGAAACUCUACAAAUGUAAAUAAUGUGGUAAAGCCUACAGAUAUUAGAUUUCCUUACAAACACACUAAAGGACUCACACAGGAGAGAAACACUGAAUGUAAGCAAUGUGUUCGAGCUUUCAUUUCUCCUCUAAAUUCGUUUCUAAAUACAUGAACUCACGCUAAAAGAAAUUCUAUGAAAUUUCUUUUAAAGAAUGUGGUAAAGACACAGCCAUUUGAAGAUAUAUGAGAGUGCACAUUUGAGAGACAUCAUGUAAAUGUAAAGAAUGUGGAAAGACUUUAAUAAUCUCAGUUUUUACCAAAGGCAUGAAAGGACUCACUGGGUAAAACUUCUUGAAUGUAAGCUGGGGGAAGCACUUCCAUUGGCCCACAUCCUUACAUGUGGAAAAUCCCACCAAACAGAAAUAAAAAAUACAACAUGAGAAAUUGAUGGAAAUUAAUCCAUGUGUAAUGUUCUAGAAAACUUUAAACAUGAAAGAGUUAAUAAUAAGUUGUAAAUAUAUUGUGUUUUUCAAAUCUCUCAAUGUGAGUCACUGAAAUGUGGGUUUCUAGUAAUUGUUUUCAGAAAUGGAUGUUGAAGAGAGAUAAUUCUGUGAGUCAUCUUCAGUAAUAGUACGUAAAAUUAAUAGGUAGUGCUUUUGUCUUAAAUCAGCUAAUAUUUUCUUUUAUUUUGAAGCCUGUUGGAUUGAUGGGUGAGUUGAAGUGUAUUUCUAAUAUAUAAUUAGUUUUAAUUUUUUAUAAUAUUUUAUUUGUUUUGUGGUAACAGGCCAUUGAAAUUUGACAGGGUGGUAUUUUGGGGGGAUUUUCAUACUGGCCUUGUGGCAGUUCCUGUAAAUCCUUAGUUUAUCAUACCUUGUUUCCCCGAAAAUAA